AUGGUGAAGAAGAAGGGCACAGACUCGGGGCGUAGGUUCGCCUUCACCUCCUUCAAGGACCGAGUCGAUUCUAUACAGAUAGAUCCCAUUUUACAGCUAAACAAGAAAGCAUUUCACGAGGCAGAGAUAUCUCACUUCCUGUCCACUUUAGAGCACUGGAGGGAAGUCAACCUAUCCAAAUCUUUUACCGAGCUGGUGGAAGUGCUAGAGCCUCUGUGUUUGAGCUUACCUCAGCUGCUUUAUCACCAAAAGACCAUUUUCGAGAGCCUCAAAAACACUCUGCUACUCAAUGAUAGACUGUCGUUGCAACCAACAUUAGAGCUUCUGACGCAAUUUUGCCAUGAUCUGGGAACAGAUUUCAUGCCAUACUACUCCGAUACACUGGAAACGCUUGUACAGAUUGUUCCACAACAAACAGAGACCGAUCCGCUGGAGUGGAUUUUCAAUGCCCUUGCAUAUAUAUUCAAAUACCUGUCCAAAGAGCUGUCCAAGGACCUUGUGCCGACGUUUAGACUGCUUCAGCCGCUGCUGAAUAUAGAGAAAAAAGAGUACAUUGCUCGAUUUGCUUCGCAGGCCAUGUCGUUCCUGGUUCGCAAGGCCACGUCCAAAGCUCUGAUUUCUUUUGUCGAGACGGUGAUGAACGAAGAUUUGGACGUGAAUGUCUACCACAAAUCUCUCGUGGUUAUCUUUUCCGAGUCGAUGAAAAAUUCGCAGGGAACCCUCCAUUCGAAAGGGCCGUCGAUUCUCAGCGUGCUAACAGAGGUUUGCGAGCCGGACGAUGCGAAGACGGCUAUAUUUUCGGACGUUUUAUUGGACGUGCUUUCACACGUCUCGGAUGCCUCUGCAAUUUAUGAGACAGUUCUGGAAAAAAUGACAUACCAAACUUCAGGCAGCGUGUGGAUUCUCACGACUCUUGCGUUUGCAGAGAGCGGUAAAAAAGUGCCCGAUUGGAGUGCUCUUUUCGACGGUGUUUUGAAGCUUGUUCAGGAUGAAGGACUCAUUCAAUUGUACGCCACUUUGAUAAGAAACGCCGACCAGCUGGAGCUGUCCAAACGCUCCGUUUUCCUGUUUACCACCAUGGCAGCCAAAGACUCGCUUUUCCUGCCCUUUGUCGAGACGUCUCUGGAGCUUUCUCAAGACAGAACGUUAAGCUUUGGCAAAAACUAUGUCACGAGCUUUAUUUCCCAGAACUGGAGACAGAGGCAUAAAGAAAUUGCUUAUUUUCUGGACAGAAUGAACAAGAAGGGCGUCACUCUCGAGGUGGUGAUUCCGCAUGAAUUUAACGAAUUUAUCAAGUCAGACAUUGACGACGGUUUAUACUGGAGACUGCUGAUGCUGCAAUACAGCAAGGCCACCAUCGACAGCCAGAUGUUGCUUCAAAAGCUUCCCAAGGCGUCUGCGGACGAACAGGGACUGAUUCUCAAGGUUCUCGCAAAAUCCGACGUUCCAGACAUCUCGUCUGCGCUUAUCGAGUGCGUUCCCGCUUCAGCUACCAACAUUGUCUUUUUGGAAGGACUGCAAGAGGUCAUCAAAAAGAAUCCGGUGCCUUUCAGACAACAGCAGCACCAGCUUAUAGAGCUGCUGAAGGACAACCUGGUGCUACCAUCGCAUUCUGUUCGCGAAACAACGCUUUCCAUUAUUAUGCUUCUUUUCGAAACUGCUCCAGAGACCAUCAGCACCUGUCGAUUGAUUGAACAAAUUCCGCUCGAUCUACAGACAGGGAGAGAAAUUCAGCUCCGUUACCGAUCGUUUGUCCAGACGUUUACGGACUCGCCCAAAAACCAGCUGCUGGACACGGUGGUUGUGAAGUUCCUUUUCGGACAGCUCUCCAACAAAUUUUCGCCGUCCUGGAGCGGAGUGCUCGAGUUCAUGGACCAUGUUAUUGGCCGCGUUGAGGGGUUGGUGUGGCCCGAGAUCGAGACGUUCCUGAAAAAGGAUUAUUCUCCAAAACAAGCCGACACGGAGGAAAUGCACGGCAUUUCUCAAUGGACUGGGCUGAACCCAAAACUGGUUGGCUACGUGGAGAAGUGCGAGUCCAUCACAGUCCGCUAUCUUGCCAUUGACGAGAGUCUUGUUCCGCCAGCGCACGAAAGCACAGAAUUCACGGCUUUUUACCGAGAACAGUGUAUUAAAGUGCUACACAGACUGCCCAAGCUGGCCGAGCAGCAUUUUGACGUGCUCUUGCCAUACGUCCUUGAGGACGAAGAGGACAAUGUGAAAUGGCCGGUCAAGGACAGAAACUCCGUGGUGGAGGUGAUGGCCAAGUUCCAGAACCUGCGCAAGGUGCCUGGUGCUGACCAGGUGCACAAAUUUCUGCUAAGGCUGUUGGCAAACAGGUCCGUCCAGACCCAGAAGCUGGCAUUCAAUGCUCUGGCAAACUGGAAAAAUCCAGUCUACAACAGAUACAGAGACAACCUGAACAGCUUGCUGGACGACAUGCUUUUCAGAGACGAGGUUAUUAAUCUGCUCCAGAACGAGGAAAAAACAGUUAUUCAGGAGCAGGACAGAGAUACCAUCAUGCCGCUAAUAUUGCGAAUUCUGUUUGGCCGCGCACAGACGUUGAGGACAAGCGGCACGAAACAGGGCCGCCGGACGGCUGCCAUCAAGGCGCUGUCGAAUCUGAGCGACGAGCACAUGAAGCAGUUUUUGUCUCUGUCGUUUGAGAAGCUGAACGAGAUGCGGUCGCAGGAGCUGAGUUUCCGGCUGAUCAGGACGGCCAGCGGAUUCUUGAACAUGGUGUCUGACCUGCUGUCGUCGAUCGGACGCACGCGCAGCGAGUGUCUCUCGAUAUUGCUUGACCCGCUCGUUUUUUCGCUCAGUGUGUCGGAAAAAGCCAUUGGUUCUGCCGACGAUAUAACCGACAAGGCCGCCAGAAAUAACCGACAGCUCGGGUUCAAAUUGCUGUACGAUGUGACGGACUAUCUGGGCGACUCUUUCGACUGGACGCCGUACGGCAACGACAUCUACUACAACUUGGUGCACCAGAAAAUGGCCAAUUUCGCAGACGAGAAUUUGCAGCAGCCGUCGUCGCUGAUGCGGCUCAUGACGGCGCUGUGGCCGCAGCCAAACCUGCAUUUUUUCCUCCUCUACGAGAGGAUGGCGCCCGUGAAGGCGCUGAUGGGCGUCCUGAAGCACGAGAAAGCCAAGGAGGCCGUGCAGAGGGCCGUGCUGCAGUUUGUGCUGAAACUGCUCAGCAGCAGCGACAGCAGCGAGCAGCACGUCGAGGUGCUGAUUCUGAUCAUCUCGGAGUACCUCAACUCGCUCGUGGCGCUGUUUGCCAACUCCGAGAGCAGAGAGGUCAACGGGCUGUGUGUCAAGAUUCUGCACAAUCUGGUGCAACGCGAUUUGAUCACGGCCAGCGAGAGCAGCAAGUUCUUGGUCGACUCUCUCGUGAUGGUGCUGGACAAACCGGCCGCGCAGAUCGACAUGGCCACUAGAACAGAGAUCGUGAGCGUUCUGGGCCUGGUGGCCAGAAACCUGUCAUGCUCGGUGACGGAAAUAAUGCCGCUGUACAAAAGCAUGGCUCCGCUGCUGAAAAUUCACGAGGAGCGCGAAAUGCGCACAGCCAUUUGCCAGGUGUACCUGACGCUUGGUGCGAAGUACAGCGAGCUCGAGCGCGUGUCGCACGUCGUGGCCGCGCUCAACGCGUACGCCGAAAAACGGAUCCGCGAGCCAGACUACGAGCAGCGGCUCGAAUGCUACAGAAAAAUCGACAGAGAACUGUACGACUCGUUUUCCGGCUCCGAGUGGCUGCCGCUGAUCAACACGGCGCUGUUCCACAUCAAUGACGAGACGGACUCGGCGAUGCGCUCGUCUGCGUCCAACACCUUGUGCCGGUUUAUCGAUGUUUCCGAGUCGUUUGCAGAGAUUCUGCACGAAAUCGUGCUGCCGGUGGUGCGUCCCGGUCUGCGCCGCAAAAACGAGCUCGUGCGCCAGGAAUACAUCAACGUCUUGGCGCACGUCGUCGAGAAAACAGACGAAUUCCCCGACAUGAAGGCGCUGCUGCACGGCGGCGACGAAGAGGCCAACUUCUUCAGAAAUAUCAUGCAUCCACAGGUGCACCGCAGACAGAGAGCCGUGCGGCGGCUGGGCGAGACGGCACAGCAGCUCGCCGACUCUUCCAUCGCACACUAUCUGCUGCCGAUGAUCGAGCGGUUCGCGUUCUGGGACGACGAAAAGUACAGGAACCUCGCCAACGACACGGUGGCCACCGUAGCCAAGCUUGCCGCUUACGUCAGCUGGAACCAGUACAGGGCGAUCCUGAGCAGGUAUGUGGCGACGAUGACGGGCGCGUUGCAGAAGGAGAAGCACGAGGAGCUGCGCGACAGCGUGCAGGUGGUGACUGCGGUGGCCAGUGCGAUGCGGGAGCUGCAGCGGCGCGGGGCCAAGGACUUUCCUGCUCCGGAGAAGCUGGACGACAUUGUGGUGGAGGUGCUGAUUCCACCGGUGAAGAAGGUGUUGACGAAGCGCGACGAGGAGACGGUGGUGCAGCGGGUGGCUCUUUCGGAGGCGCUGGUGUCGCUGGUGAUGUGCUGUUCGGCGGUGCGGGUCGAGGCAGAGCUGCCGGGCAUUUUGACGAGCAUCUGUCAGAUUCUGCGUGCGCGGUCUGAGGAGCUGAGAGACGCGGUGAGAAAGCAUCUGGGCCGCAUAGCCGUUGGUCUUGGGUCGCCGUACUUGAAGUUCAUCAUGCAGGAGCUGAAGACGGCGCUGACCAGGGGCCCGCAGAUCCAUAUUCUCAGUUUCACGAUCCACUAUCUUUUGGUGGUGAUGGACGGCGUUCUGUCUCAGGGCGAUCUGGAUGAGUGUGCCGGGUACGUGAUCGACACGGUGAUGAACGACAUUUUCGGCGCCGCGAGCGAGGAGAAGGAGGCCGAGGGGUACAACAAGAAGAUGAAGGAGAUCAAGCACAACAAGAGCUACGACACGGGCGAGCUGCUGGCUAGCAAGAUGCUUCUGCAGAACUUCCCGCAGAUCCUGGGCCCGAUCAAGAUGCUUUUGCGCGAGAAGCUGGCGUUCCGGACGCAGAAGCGGCUGGACGAGCUGCUGCGGCGGGUUUCCAUUGGGUUGCAAAAAAAUACGGAGGCAGGCUCGACGAGCGCCAUUUUGCUGUGCCACGAGAUUUACAGCCAGUCUUUGGAACAAGAAGAGACCCGGGCCAAGCGGUUCAGCGAGACAGAGGACCAUUUCCUGGUCAAGCUGGACGCAAAGCCGCUGCGGACGCAGAUGGAGUACUCGCUGUACUCCAAGGUGCUGCAGAAGUUUGCGUUCGACCUGCUGCAUGCGGUGGUUUCGAAGCACCCGCAGCUGUUCACGGCGGGCAACCUGGCGGAUUUCGUGCCGCUGCUGGAGACGAGUCUGUCGUCGGGCGACGAGGGCGUGGUGUUGGCGGCGCUCAAGGUGCUGACGCAGCUGUCGCGGCUGGACUUUGCCGAGGACGUGAACGCGCAGUUCACGGCGUGCGCACGGGCCACGCUGAGAAUUGUCAAGGACCUGCCCAGCACCAACAGCGACCUGUGCCAGAGCGCGCUCAAGUUUCUGAGCGCGGUGAUCAGAAACAAGGACGGCCUACAGCUCAAGGACACCGCCCUCAGCUACCUUCUGAAGAAGAUCGAGCCGGAUCUGGACGAGCCGAUGCGGCAGGGCGUGGCGUUUGGCUUCGUCAGAGCGCUCAUCGCAAAGCACGUGAUGCUGCCCGAGAUGUACGACGUGCUCGAGACGGUGUCGCGGAUCAUGAUCACGAGCACGUCCGGCGAGAUCCGCCAGACCGCCAGAAGCGUCUACUACACGUUUCUGAUGGAGUACGACCAGAGCCGGGGCCGGCUCGAAAAGCAGUUCAAGAUGCUGCUGGGCAACCUGGAGUAUCCCGCACAGAGCGGCCGCCAGAGCGUCAUGGAGCUGCUGCAUCUGAUUGUGCGCAAGGCGGGCAGGGACGUGCUCGCGGUGGUGUCUGCGUCGUUCUUCAUUGCGCUCGCCAACGUCUCGGUCACCGACGAGGCGCCGUCGUGCCGCGAGAUGGCGUCGGAGGUGCUGCUGGCGAUGCUGGGCCGCAUGGACGACCUGGCGUUCGCGGAGAAAUGCGUGGCCGCGUGGAUCGACAACAGGAAGAACGAGCUGCUCGCGCGGUGCGGCCUGCACGUGUACAAGCUGUACGUGGACGCAGUCGGGCUGGAAAACGCUGCUCUGAACGAGACGGCGCUGGCGAAAAUCAAUCACGUGCUCGCAGCCAGCGCAAGGAGCAGCGAGUCCGGCAUGUCGUGGGAGCUCGUGUACUCGUCGCUGGUGGUGUUCGAGAAGCUGUCGGAGAAGGCGGACGUCUACGGCGAAAAGUACGCGCCGACAUGGGCCGCCGUCGUGGACUGUCUGCUGUAUCCGCACUCGUGGAUCCGGCUGGCCUCGGCGCGGCUCGUUGGACAGUACGUCCAGAACGGCGCGGCUCUGAGCGACCAGACGCUGCAGACAAUCGCGUACCGGUCGUUCAGACAGCUCAGCGCGCCCGGCGUGGCACAGAGCCUGGCCACGGAGGUGGCAAAGAACCUGGUGCAGGUGUCCAAGAUCUGGGCGCAGAAUAACACACGGUACGUGCCGGCGGACGGAGAGCAGACGGAGCAAAGCGCGCUGGAGUGGGCGCUCGCCAGGGCGUGCGCGGUGCUGCGGAACGAGACCGCGCCGCCAAAAGACCUGCUGGUCACGAAAAAGGCCAUGGUCCAGUACUGCGUGUUCCUGGUGAGCUUCCUCGACCGGGAGACGGUGGGUCACGUGAUCCGGCAGCCGCUGGACCCGCUGGUGGUGAUCUCGGAGCAGGAGCCGGCCGUCGAGGACACGGACGAGAACACGCUGCCGGCGAUGGCUCUCAAGUGUCUGGAGCUGGUGGCACAGAAAGUCGGCGUGAGCGAGUACAACCUGCUGUACUCGGCUACGAAGAAAGCCAUCAGCGAGCGGCGCCAGGAGAGAAAGACCAAACGCGCACAGCUGUCUCUCAACAACCCUGCUGCGGCGGCCAAGCGGAAGCUCAAGAAGCACGCGCGCACCAGAGAAAAGAGAAAGCACCAGAAGGACGAAAACGGACUGUACCGUCCAAAGAGGAAAAAAAUGUAA